CGGCAUUGGUCUKAAAUCCAACAUGGCGGCUCGCAAGGAAGCUUUUGAUUUUUAUAAGGUCGCCCACGUGACAAUUGUAUUGGUGUGUUGUGUUAUGUACGUAAAUAGUGAAUCCAAACCAGUCACUGCAUUGUUGGACGCAAGGUGGUCGUGGACACCAUUAGCUUUAGAAGCCAGUGAAUUCCUGGCUCGAGAAAGUAACGAGAAAUUCUGGAAAUUUGUAGAAUUAUCAAAAAAUAGCCACACAUUAACAAGUGAUUUAGAUAAUUAUCAAUUCAUAUUAAAGAAUGCUGGGAAGCUAUUAAGUCCUUUAGGAUUAAAAUUACUUAAGUUCUCAUUAUCUAUACGAAACUUUUCGCCAAGGAUAGAAUUGUACAAUAAGGUAAGAUGCAAUGAUAACCUAUCACGYGAUGUUCCAAAUACGUCACRCUGUAGUUCGUUCAUCCAAGUUGGUCCUAAAGUAACAUGUGAUUUACAAGAAGCAAAGACGUUAAUUGAGAAUAAUAACAACCUUUCGAUACCUCAAAUAUAUGAUUUCGAUCACCAUUACCCAAACUCUCAAGACAAUCCUCUAACCGUCGUCCUUUACGGUCAAAUUGGAACACCAUCCUUCCAUUCAUUUCAUGAAGUUCUGGUUAAGCUGUCAACUUCUGGUGACGUUCAUUAUGUGUUGCGUCAUUACGUCAAGACUCCGUCCAAGWCCAAGGUUCGUUUAUCAGGCUAUGGUGUCGAGCUGGCGGUUAAAAAGACCGAAUAUAAAGCAGUCGACGACACAAAAGUGAAAGAAGACUCUCCAGGGACGAUGGGAAAGAACAAGCAAGAAGAAGAAGACGAAGUUGAAGGGUUUUUGUUUGGCAAACUACGAAAACUAUACCCCCACCUUAAAGAACAACUCAAUCAGUUUAAAGCACAUUUAAAAGAGAGUUCMCGUGAAAUGGCUCCUCUAAARGUCUGGCAGCUACAAGACCUAAGCUUUCAAGCAGCUCAAAGAGUCCUGUCAUCGGACCCAAAAAGUGCCCUGAGAGUUCUCCGGGACCUCAGCCAAAAUGUCCCUCGACUCGCUAGGUCCCUUGUUAAAACCAGAGUCAAGAGCGAAGUACGCGAAGAAAUUCUAUCCAAUCAGAAAAUAUUUACUAAAAUUGGAAUGGAAGCGGGCGAUAGUGUACUGUUUAUCAACGGUCGUUCAGUCGAUAUCGAAGACAUGAAUCCGUUUGAGAUAAUGGACCUUCUUCGUGACGAGAUUAGUACCCUGGACAAACUAUCAACUCUAGGUGUUUCUGGGGAGACUCUCGCCAAGCUGUCAGGUUUGUCAGUGUCAGAUGACCAUGAUUCAUAUAUACUUGACACUAGAGAUAACUCGGUUGUGUUUCUCAAUGACCUCGAGAGUGACAGGGAAUACUCAGGGUGGCCAUCUCAUAUCCAGGAAAUCCUGAGACCAACAUUUCCAGGAAUGAUGCGUUAUAUUGCAAGGAAUAUCUUUCACGUGGUUUUCUUCGUUGAUCCCAUGGACAAGAUGAGUCUUGAGUUGCUUAAAACCGCUGACGAAUUUCUGCAGGCGUCUAUGCCUGCUAGGGUGGGUAUUGUGAUGGUAGCCGAAGGAAGCAGUGAUGUCGAUGCCAGGAAAAACAAUGCUGCUGUUGCCAUUGCACGAGCAUUUCACUUCAUCAAGAACGAAAAGGAUUCCCGACAAGCACUUCAGUUAAUUCUUCAGGUGUAUAACAAAGUCAAGUCCCAUACAGACGAAGACCUGACGAAAGGCGUUUACGAUAUGUUGGUUUCGUGGUUCGGUACUGAUGACGCUAACGAUGUCCUGGGGCCUGGGUCCGAGCAUGAUGAUGGACGCAAGGAAUGGAAACGAUUCUUCGAUCGUACAGGUUUACAAAAAGUACCAAGAGUGAUUGUCAAUGGUGUACCUUUAAAAGAAGAAGAACAUGAGAUGAUAGAAGAUGCUGUUGUACRGCAAAUCCUUUUACAAACAGGAUCUAUACAACAAGCUGUUUUUAUGGGCCAGCUUCAUCAAUAUUCAGAUAUCUACGAUCACGUGAUGUCUAARCCCAACGUCGUGAAGAGAAUGAACAACGUUAUUCAGUCACCGGAAGUGAAAGUCAUCGACUUGACGGGACAAACUGACAUGACUGAUGUUAGUGACUACAAUAACUUUAAAAAGCUGGACAGUGCACAGAUGACAAGCGUUCUUCAAGCAGACAUGAAGUAUUUUACCAAGAAAGACGAGGAAAUGAACCUCAAGUCUGUUACUAACUGGUUGGUUGUAGACUUAGCUAGUGAACAAGGAAGAAACAUAAUCAGAGAUGCUCUAAAACAAGUGCAAUCGUCUCUAAACUSUCGUGUGGGCAUAAUCCAUAAUCCUCAAACAACAAGUGAGCCUGCGARCAAGCUGUACAUGGCUCGUGCAGUAGAAGCAGUACUUCAAUCUAAAGAUCACGUGACMCCUUCCAUUCUGGAAUUCUUGGAGAAACUUCUUGACAACAAAAAUGACUUUGAGAAACUUGACGGCGAUCUCGAUGAAAUGAUGAMUUUGGUAAAGAGUGUGAAGAAUCUUAAGUUGAAAGUCAUCGAGACCAAAUUACAGUCYCAGUCCUCUCGGGAAAGAGUUCUCUCYCAUCAAGMUUUUUGUAAGACGGCUCUGAAUUUUAAACCAGGRGAAAUUGGAGUUGUUGCCAAUGGMAGGAUCCUUGGUCCWUUAAAGGAAAGCGAAGUUUUCAUUACAGAAGAUUUCCAACUGCUUGAAGACUUUGAAUUGAGCUCGUAUGGUAAACAAAUCAAAGAACUUGUUGACAAAACUGUGUUUACAGGCGUGUCUGCUGAUGAUGAUACUAGUGACUUCAGGAGCAAUAUCAUCAUGAAAAUAUCAUCAAUAUUAACUGCACGAGUAAAGAAGUCCAGAAUCCAUAUUCCUGAAAUUGAAAGCCAACACAGUGUUGCUCACAUCAAAAGCGAUUCUCAAGCGAGUCUGGAUGUUACCUUGAUUCUUGAUCCUCUAAGCAAGGCUGCACAGAAGGCUGCUCCUUUUCUUAUGGUUUUACAAAACGUCACGAAUCUAAACAUYMAYAUCUACAUGAACUGCCGAGAGAAGCUAUCUGAGUUUCCACUUAAUCGAUUCUAYCAAUACGUCAUGGAGCCUGAACUGACGUUUUCAGCCAAUGGAAAGCUAGAGCCAGGUCCCUACGCACAUUUUGUUGAUCUGCCCCAGUCUCCUAUCCUCACUAUGGCCAUGGAUACACCGCUGGGCUGGAUGGUAGAGGCAGUACGGUCGCCUUAUGAUUUGGACAACAUUUGCUUGCGAGAGGUUAGUCAAGGAGUUAGCGCGGACUUUGAACUGGAAUACAUCUUUAUUGAAGGACAUUGUGUCGACUCGACUAGUGGCCAGCCUCCUCGCGGUCUUCAGUUUACCCUGGGAACGAAAUCAGAACCAGACAAAUUUGACACCAUUGUCAUGGCAAACCUGGGUUAUUUCCAGCUCAAAGCAUUCCCUGGAUCCUGGAUUCUGCGSCUGCGCGAUGGAAGAUCCGCUGACAUCUACGAAAUUGACAGUGUUACCGGUGGUGUUCAACAAGAUGAGAACCACACCUAUACGAUCUUUGUCGACAGCUUUUUGGGAAAACUGAUGAAAGUUAAGGUGAAAAGAAGGCCAGGCAAGGAAGGAGUWGACCUCUUGGGGGAUCGUGAUGAUGAAGACAAAGAUUCGGGUGGAUUGUGGGACUCGUUGUCAAACAUGGUCAGAAGUGAAAAGAAGAAAGAAACGAAAGAGGAAGAAAAAAUAAUUAAUGUAUUUUCGCUUGCAUCUGGUCAUCUUUAUGAACGUUUUAUGAGAAUAAUGAUGUUGAGYGUUCUCAAACACACGAAAAGUAAAGUAAAGUUUUGGUUCUUGAAAAACUACCUUUCUCCAACGUUUAAGGCGUUUUUACCUAAAAUGGCAGAGGAAUAUGRUUUUGAGUACGAACUUGUGCAAUAUCARUGGCCAAGAUGGCUGCACGCACAAACCGAAAAACAAAGAAUCAUUUGGGGGUACAAAAUCCUGUUCUUGGACGUCCUUUUCCCGCUCCAUGUGAAGCGAAUCUUGUUUGUUGACGCUGACCUGAUCGUAAGGGCAGAUCUUCAAGAGUUGAUGGACAUGGAUCUAGAAGGCGCGCCWUACGCCUACACACCAUUCUGCGACAGUAGGACCGAGAUGGAGGGUUUUAGGUUCUGGAAGCAUGGAUACUGGAGAAGUCAUCUUGGUUAUAGGUCAUACCAUAUUAGUGCGUUGUAUGCAAUCGAUCUGAARCGCUUCAGGCGUCUUGCUGCUGGUGAUCGUCUACGUGGACAAUAUCAGGGACUAAGUCAAGACCCMAACAGUCUUUCUAAUCUAGACCAGGAUCUUCCCAACAACAUGAUCCAUCAAGUCCCUAUCAAGUCUCUGCCUCAAGAAUGGCUGUGGUGCGAGACUUGGUGUGACGACUAUUCGCUUAAGAACGCGAAAACCAUUGACUUAUGCAAUAAYCCUCAAACCAAGGAACCUAAGUUAAACAGUGCUGUACGUAUAGUCAAAGAAUGGCCUGAGUACGAUGAAGAAAUCAGACGAUUGCAAAAUAAACUUGCRGCCAAUGAAUCUCAGAAGACGACAACAGAUGUACCAAUGACAGAUUCAUCACAGCCAGGAAAAGAGGAACUCUAGAAGAUUGUUGUUCUUUUUUAAAAAUGUAAAGUAAUUCUUGCCGACCACCAUGGCAUGGGUUUUUGGGUUUCUUAAGGCUGAUUUACACGGUACGAUUUGUCGCGCGCGACUUGUAGUAUAUGACUUGAAUCGCGCAGUGUAAAUGCCCCUACGACUUGUCUACAACAGUCGUACGCAGCCUACGACUUGUAGUAGGACUUUGAACCACUGCUUAAAAUCCUACGACUUGUAGUAGGAAAAUCGUAUACUACAAGUCGCGCGCGACAAAUCGUACCGUGUAAAUCAGCCUUUAGUGGUGCUGAAGAACAAGAAUACGAUCUAAAAGUUCUCGUCAGUUUGCUAUUAGUCGAUUUUUAGAUUAUCAACUCAAGGGUUUCCACAUCUAGUGUUCACACAACCGACUGGAACUCAUUAUGGUCCACAACAAUGAAAUAAAUAAUAAACAAAUGUAUUUCUUUUGACUCUGUUAUAAUAAAAACAAUGCCAAGAUGUUUUGUACGACCGUGAUAACCUUCAGUCGUGMACGGAUUUCAGUGUAUUUUCAUUUUCAAAAAAAUCGAAAAUAUUUAUAAAACAAUACAUAUUUUAGUCUAUAAAAAGUGUUAGAAUGUAACAAUGAAUUGUAAGAAAGCAAUUUACUAAUAUCAUGUUAUAAAAUAUUGAUUUGCUAUGUUUCAUAAAAACUGGAAUACAGGAAAAGUAGCUGUAA